CCGUACCCACCUACGGGGCCAUAUCCCCCCGGACCGUACCCCCCCCCGGGACCAUACCCCCAGGGUCCCUACGCCCAGCCACCCUAUGCCCAGCCGCAGCCCAUGGUCCCUGGGGACCAAGACUCCCCCCUGCACAGCACCUACCAUGAGGACGGGCCACCCUCCUACUAUGACAACCAGGACUUCCCCACCGCGCACUGGGAUGACAAGAGCAUCCGGCAGGCCUUCAUCCGCAAGGUCUUCCUGGUGCUGACCCUGCAGCUGACCGUCACCUUCGCCUUUGUGGCCAUCUUCACCUUUGUGAAAGGUGUGAAGGGCUUCGUGCAGCGCAAUGUCUGGACGUACUACGUCUCCUAUGCCGUCUUCUUCAUCUCCCUCAUCGUCCUCAGCUGCUGUGGGGAUUUCCGUCGCAAGCACCCCUGGAACCUGGUAGCUCUGUCCAUCCUGACCGUCAGCCUGUCCUACAUGGUGGGGAUGAUCGCCAGCUUCUACAACACUGAUGCCGUCAUCAUGGCCGUGGGCAUCACCGUCGUUGUCUGCUUCAGCGUUGUCAUCUUCUCCCUGCAGACCAAGUAUGACUUCACCUCCUGCCGGGGCGUGCUCAUCAUCUGCCUCGUCGUCCUCAUCAUCUUCUCUAUCCUCUGCAUCUUCAUCCGGAACCGCAUCAUGGACAUCAUCUAUGCUUCCCUGGGGGCCCUGCUCUUCACCUGCUUCCUGGCGGUGGACACGCAGAUGAUCCUGGGGAACAAGCAGCUGGCACUCAGCCCCGAGGAGUAUGUCUUCGCUGCCCUCAACCUCUACACAGACAUCAUCAACAUCUUCCUCUACAUCCUGGCCAUCAUCGGCAGGGCCAAGGAGUAGCGGCCCCACCACCGCCGCCGUGGCCCCCCUGCCACCCCCCGGCACGUGUCCCGGUUUGUGGUCUCCCCCUCCGCCCCUGUAGCCGGUUUUGUUUGGUGUUCUCAUCGCACCCCCUCGUCAGUUCUCCCGUUAAGAGUUUCUUUGACCCCAGCCACCUCCCCAGCUCCUGACAGGAGUGGCUGUGGGGGCUCGCUGGGCUGGGGAGGGGGCACGGGGUGACAGUUCUGUCCCCUUGCUGGGAGGCAAGGCGCUUGCCCGUGCCUGCCUGCCUGCUGGGGUGUCGCAGCCGCCUGCUGCCCCUCUUGUCCCCCCUAGAAGCCCCCUGCCCAGGCCCUCUGCUUCCCCCCUCCCCGCUGUGAAUACGGCUUUUCCCCCCACCUUGUGUUGAACGCGGACUGGAAGCACUUUCUCCCCCCAUCCGUGGUGGA